AUGUGCUGGCAAGGAUUCGUGCGAUUCCGGUGUGGUCACACGCAGCUCAUCGAGGAAGAAUGCCAGCACGCGCGCGACCUCGACCUGCCCUUCUGGCUGAAGGUGGACUGUCCACACUACCGCAUCUCCCACCGCGACCCUCGAAUGGAAUGCGGCACAGGGCACUUCUACUGCGCCGAGACAGCUGACGGCCAAUACCUGCAAAUGGUCGUCAAGCAGAGGGCAGAGUCCGAGCAGCGCCUCACGCAACUUGAUGCCGCCCUAACUAAUAAGCUGAACCCCUGGGAGGACUCAGUGGUACAGCAGCUCAAAGCACGCUACAGCAACCAGUUCCAGGCCAUGCAAGCGUACAAUGCACACCCUCAAAUCGCCAAGAUCAACAGUGUCAGGCAAGGUAUUGAGCACGAGAGGCAGAAUGUUCUAGCCAAGUUCCAAGACGCCGACAGUACUCUAUACUACUCGGACCAAUUCUUCAAGCUCAAUGCACACCAUGCUGGAGGAGGAGUCCGUCCACCUCUGCCUGGCUACCUCCGCCAGUACGGCAAAGUGCGUCACCUGGCCCAACCGCGGCGACCACCACACAAUGGCUGGCUUGGACCACCGUAUCAUGGACAGGCGAACGUUGCCGGCCCAUCACACAUUUUGCCACAAAAGACAAACAACCAGACCAUUCAAAAGCCCCGCGCAGUUGCAAAACACACCCCACCAGUCGAAGCACCUGUCAGGCGAAGCGCUCGCGGCAAGAAGCAGGUCAACUACGCCGAGGAUGAUGAAAGCACGGAAAGCUCACCAGCUCCAUCACCCGUCGCGCCACAGAGCUCGUUGAAGGACAUUAUCCUCGAGCAGCGCCAGCGUGAUGCCGCGCGGACACAACCCUCGAACAAACCCGGGAACCUGAGCUUCCAAGAUAUCAUCCUCGCGCAGCGCCAGCAUGACGCCGCGCGAAAGGAAGCUAUGAACGAAUUCUCGACACGGGCUAGCGUGGUCCCACGAGCAGCAACACCGGAGACAGCUAAUGCACCGAGUGGUGUAACGGACUCUGGCUUGACCCAGAAGCAGUACCACGACAAGCUCCGCGAAAGCUUUGCGAAGCAAGUGAAGCUGCAACCAACCAUCCUCACACCCCCAGUAACGAGAGACCUCACCGAUUAUACCACCCGGUCCACCCCCUCUGCAGUGACAGGUUCUCCGCUCAAACGAAAGAUUUCCUCAUCACCCGCAGUACCACCCAACAAGAGGCUGCAGUUCAAUUUCCCGUCAGCCGCACCAGUAUCCGCUUCCUCGCCACCGCCACGGAGAAUCAAAUACGAGCGCGCCGGCUCCGCAGCGUGGUUCGAUGAGAACACGCGACCGUCUUCAGCUCCAGCACCAGGCGCGCAAAAGGCAGCCCAGUCUGCAUCUCCGCAGCUAGGUACAUUGCGUGGCUCGAAUGGAAUGGAACAAGCGUGGGACCAGCAACAACAAGAUGCAACAUCCACUUCUGCAGCACUAGGGUUACUUGACGACGGCUUCGACUUCAACAUGUUCGCGCCAGAUUUCUCCACAUUCAGAUGA